AUGUCACACCGGGGCUCCGUAGACGUACCUGGUAUCGAUUUGUUCUAUCUCGCACCGGCCAACCUUGAGGCUAUAAAGGUUGUCACCUCCCCCGUCAACUCAGAGUUUCGUGCUAGCCAGACAGCAGAGGAGGAGAUCGGGACCGCAGCACUUUCUGUCGGGCUUAUUCCUUCUGCGAAAGGCGGCAGAACCAUCGUCACUUUAGGGCGUAAGGGCGACAUCACCGUCGAAGAUGAAGGCGAAGACAUUUCUGACGUUCAUUGCUCCUUCAAGAUCAAUCCUGAAACUGGAGUGGUGAUGCUCCAUGACAAGUCAGACAACGACACAACACACGUGCGUGGUCAUAAUUUCCGUGAGAGAGGAUCUCGCAAGGUUGCCAUGACCCCUGGAAAGUAUGAACUGUUCAAAAUCGGCCGCCAUCGCAAGAUCGAAUUCAAGUUGGUGUGGUUCGGCGAUGUUAAGGAUGCCUUAGUAAGGGGUAAAGUUCUUUUCGCGAUUCGAAAUCCUGAUGCGCGCGCCGACUCCCGCUCAUCAGUCAAAAAGAUCAGCUUAUAUGUCAAGGCUGGAAUUCUGGGUUCUGGGAAGUGUGGAAUAGUGCACAAGGCUAUCGACCUUGACACUGGAGCCGUGGUGGCCCUCAAAACUUACAAGAACAACAACAGAUCAGAUCAGAUUCAAAAGCCUUUGCUUUCGAGUUUUCUCAAGAACGAGGCGGAAAAUCUGGCAAAAUUGAAACACCCAAACAUCGCCAAGUUCAUCUCAGCCAGUGGCCUUGAUGAAGGAAGACCGGAAAUCUUCCUAAGAAUGGAGGAAGGAAGCCUGUCCUCGCUCAUCCGCGAGACAAAUAGAAUGAGAGAGCCUUCGAGGAGCGAGGAGCGCUUGGAAAUCGGAAAGUCGGUCAUGAAACAGAUGCUUGAGGCUUUACAUUAUUUGGAUACCAAAGAAAUCGUCCAUCGCGAUGUCAAGCCCCAGAACAUCCUGUACAGCACAAGAUCAAAUGGAAGGUAUCGUUUCGUUCUUGCUGACUUUGGUCUCAGCGAGUGCACCUCCAGAUUCACGUGGAGCAGGCUAUCCGCGGGGGCCAUGAUAUUCAGCGCACCAGAGACGUUCGAAUACUUCGUCACAUUGACGCCCAAGGUUGAUGUCUGGUCGCUUUAUGUGACCAUGCUCGUGGUAUUGGAUGUCGAUGGCUUUGACAAGGACCGCUUGAAGUGCAACAACCGCCAUCAAAUUCAUGAUCUGGUCCGCAAGAUCAGGUCGAGAAGGCACUCGCUCAUUGAACCGUUCAGAAAGAUGGCGUCCAAGAAACCCGAAAAACGAGUCUCGGCCAGGCAUAUCCUCAAACAGUGGCCAGCUAUUACGUGGCCCUGUGUCACUGAAGAGGCAACACUGUCCGAUGGAACAGAAUCUGACAGCACCGGGAGUUUUUACACGGCAUAUAAAGGACAUGGAUCUCAUGGGUCCGAUGGAUCCGUGUCUGAUCAAACGGUCUCAGACACAUCGACAGAGGCACCCCGUUCGAGGCGCAAUUCGAUGCCGGCUACUUUUCCGGAAAGUGUUCGGCAGUUGCAGAUGGAGUUUUUCCGUAAAUAUCAAGUAGUUGAUUCGGACUGCGAUACCUGGUCAGAGACGGAAGAAUCAAAGACGCCACGCUGGCAUACCGUCAAGUCCUUCGGAGCGGCCGUCUUUGGCGGACCCCGGAGGACUGUUGAUCCACGAGGCGUGCCUAAUAGACUCUCUUGCAAUCUCCAAGCGGUCGUGUUUGACGAGCUAUUCCGGGACGAGUGA